GCAGCAGGGAGACUCUCACCUGUCCUUCACCACCGCCCUUGCCGGGAUUAAUGUUUCCUCUCCGCCCGCACAGAGCCGCUCUCCCUCUACAUGACGCUUGGUUCUCCUCCGUGAUUUCUUCGCCAUGAGCUGCCUGGAUGUGAUGUACCAGGUGUUUGGUCCUCAGCCUUAUUUCAGCUCCUACAGCCCAUAUCACCACCAGAAACUGGCCUUGUAUUCCAAAAUGCAAGACCCCCAGGACGGCGGCAGUCGGCUCGGCCCCCAGGCGAUCAAAGAGGAGGACAAGGAGCUGCCGCCAGGAGCCGAGUACCUGAGCUCCCGCUGCGUCCUCUUCACCUACUUUCAGGGAGACAUCAGCGCCGUGGUGGACGAGCACUUCAGCCGAGCCCUGAGCCACACAACUGCAUACCCCGCCUCGAGCAGCCACAAGGCUGUACGAGAUGGAUCAUUCCCGAUGAGCCAGAGAAGUUUCCCUCCGUCUUUCUGGAACAGCUCCUACCAGCCGUCUGUCUCCUCCACGCUGGGCAGCGCUCUGUCAGCUCCCCACACAGACCUCCCCUUCCCCGGGGACCCGUACUCCUCCCUGCACAGCCACCUCCACCAGUCCAGCCCCGACGCCUGGCACCCCUCCCAUCACCACCACCAUCACCACCACCACCCUUACUCACUAGGGGGCGCUAUAGGCUCCCAGGGCUCAGCGUACCCACGCCCGGGGGUUCAUGAGAUGUACGGCACGGCGUUCGACCCGCGAUACAGCUCUCUACUGGUGCCGUCGGUGAGGCCUCAUCACCGCCUGACGUCGGGCAGCUCAGUGCCGGGGCCCAGCGCCUCGCCAUGUGACCUGGGGGGGAAGGGGGAGUCGGGGACGGGGUCGACCUGGAGCGGAGCAUUUGCCGGAGCUGGAGCGGAGAUUGGACUCAACAUGGACACAGGUCUGCAGGCACAGGAUAAGAGCAAGGACUUGUAUUGGUUUUAGAGACUGCCGAGACUCUCCCCCUCCCUCUUCACCUCCUACUUCAGCCUCUUUCCUCCACUCCUGCUCUCCUCUGUUUGCUCUGCUGCUGUUAUGGGAUGACUGACAGAGAAACUGAAACUCAGUCCGAUGGCAGUAUUGUGCUGUAACAGCUUCUGGUCUACUUGCAGCUCGUUGUUACGGCGGACUGUGCAGCAGCAGCAGCAGCAGCAGCAGCAGCAGCAGCACAGCCCUGCUGAGCUGAACGCCAACAGUGUGGAUAUAAAGUGAGCGUGGAAACAAAAAGUGGACUCGCAGAGCAGAGAGGAAAAUCUGAUCUUGACGGAAGAGGACAAAAGACAAGACUCUUUGUGCUUCUGUAACAGGCAGGGACAACAUUCCUAAACUGGAAAAAAAAAAAAAAAAAAAAAGGUCUGGGGACAGACGGACAGAGACACAUGCGUUGUCAAACUCCAAAGACAAGCGCUUGAAGGACUUGGCAGGACUUGCCUCACUGGGACAACUGGGCUACAGACACUGGGAGUGUUAUGGCUGGAGGAAAGGCCACGUUGGUGUUGAGGAGGCCGCACAGCAGGCGGGAGGAGUCCAAACACUUUGGUUUACAUGGACAAUUGGUUCAAUGUCAACUGAGAAAACACUGUCAGGAUUUAUGGCACAUUAAAGGUUAAAAUAAACAGUUUGGGAUGGUUUUCAACCGGAAACAAAAGAUAUUUAUGUAACAAUUUUACAAAAAGUUUCAAGUAACGGUCACAAACUACUCCAGCUACGUCCCAAUUCCAUUUUAUUGCACGCAUAAUUAUUCCUCUUGAUUUACAAGUGUGCAGUUGUCGGCACUACUGUCAAAUAAAGCAAAGCAAUACAAAAGUAAUUAUUACACCUUUGUUAUUCUCUUUGGGAAGAUUAAUUGGCAGUAGCAUAUUCACAGUUAGACUGGCAUCUAUCGGGCCACGUACUGCUUCUCCUCCGGAUCGUAGAGUUGAGUACAGAAAUAUCUUGCACGCAAGUUCACAGCCUACUAUGGCAGUUUGUAAAACAUUCUAAUACUAUUUAUAUGUGCAACCUCGAUUCCAAAAAAGUUGGGACACUGUGUAAAGUAUAAAUAAAAACUAGAGCCUGAUCUUUUCAUCCAGUUUUUGGGUUAGAUAUCAGGACAUACAUUAAAGGGUGAAUAACUCUGAUACAACACUUAAACAUAAUCAUCUAAAACGACAUCACUGUACUGAAUCAAUAAACUUUAGUGGGAAUGUAAUUAUCAUAAAUUACAGGGAUCUUUUUUUUCUGCAUUAUAAUCUAAACAAAAAAAUAAAGUUUUUAUGUUGCACAUCCACACCCAUACUGAUAACGCAUAGAAAACUAAAUGUGUUCACCGAUAACAGUUUUACAAAGUUGUUCCUGAGGCCAUGUAGUAACAUCCUUCCAACAAUCACGUGUUUCUCAAAGUGAUGAACGUCACCCCAUCCUUGUGAACAACUGAGCUUUUUGUGGAUGCUCCUUCCAUACCCAUUCAUGAAGCUGGUAUCAAAUUCAGAAGAAGGUUAAGCAAAUGAUCACAUAAUGGGUUUUUGUGUGUCUUAAGCAGCAUCCUAGUGGUUUUAAGGGGGGGAUUGUGGUUAGAGUAUGGCACUGGGAGACUACUGUAAUGUUAGUUAUUGGGAUGUAAGCAUGAAUGUGGUAAUUUGCAAGUCAAAUAACAUCUUGACAAAUAAAUCUUAGAUUAUUUGGUUCUAAAUAAUAAUUAUCAUUAUUAUUUCAUUUCAUUUUAACAAAUUUAGGUUAGCUGAACUGAAAGAAUUACUUACAUUCUUGCUGAGCAGAAAAUUAAUUGACAACAAUUUUUAACAUCAGCUAAUAAUUCAAGUUAUUUAUCAAGUACUAGCUGCUCAAGAAUUUGUUGUCAACUUUGGAAUUUAUUACUUUUUCUUUAGUUGCAGCACAAUUUUCAUGUUAUUCAGACAGUCAAUAUGUCCAAAUAAACCACAUUUAGGCUAUAGGCUGUGUUUAAUCUAGAUGUCCAGAUGUCUUUUGACCUGUAUAUUACAGAAAUGAAAAAUUGGAACACCUGCUUAUUUUGGUUGUAUUCAUGAGUCAUUAAAUUAUAUUAAAAAAAAUAGUUGAUGUCACAAAUAUCUGCUGUGUAUAAAAAA